AUAAAUAAAAAAGGAUAAUUUAGAUUGGAUGUAAAAAGGAAAUUACUGAUUGAUAGUUAUUGUUGGUAAGAAGGAAGGAAGCAUAUAAUGAAUACUAAUAAGUAAGAAUUAAACCUAGCUAGGUAGGGAGGGAGGCAGUCAUCAUGUCUGGGCUGUAUAAUCCUAACAACAACAACAACAACUUCUCUCCGGUGAGAGCCGCUUCUCCUCAGAUUAGACCCACGGUACCUUCAGACAUGGACAGCCAGUAUCUUUCCGAGUUGCUUGCGGAGUAUCAGAAGCUUGGACCCUUUAUCAAAAUUCUUCCCAACUCAAGUCGUCUCUUGAAUCAAGAAAUAUUAAGAGUUUCUGGAAUGUUGUCCAAUCAAGGUUUUGGAGACUUAGACAGACUACGGCACAGAAGCCCUAGUCCCAUGGCUUCUUCAAACCUGAUGUCAAAUGUCACUGGAACAGGGAUGGGUGGAUGGAAUAGUUUUCAGCAGGAGAGAAUAUGUGGAGCUCCUGGACUGGCAAUGGACUGGCAAGGCACGCCGGCAAGUCCUAACUCAUACAAUAUAAAAAGGAUUUUGCGCUUGGAAAUUCCUGUUGAUACAUACCCCAAUUUCAAUUUUGUUGGAAGACUCCUGGGGCCUAGAGGAAAUUCUCUGAAACGGGUAGAAGCUACUACAGGAUGCAGGGUGUUUAUUAGAGGACAGGGAUCAAUAAAGGAUCCAGACAAGGAAGAAAAAUUGAAAGGAAGACCUGGAUAUGAGCAUCUCAAUGAGCCACUCCACAUAUUGAUUGAGGCUGAUUUACCCGCUAAUAUUGUUGACAUGAAGCUUAGGCAGGCUCGGGAAAUUAUAGAGGAAUUGCUAACACCUGUGGAUGAGUCAGAGGACUUCAUAAAGAGGCAGCAGUUGCGGGAAUUGGCAUUGCUGAAUUCAAAUUUUAGAGAAGAGAGUCCUGGGCCAAGCGGCAGUGUAUCUCCGUUUAAUUCUAGUGGAACAAGUGGAAUGAAGCGAGCAAAAACGGGUAGAUGAAAGGUUGUGUUAGAUGGGUAUUUAGUUUUGCAGGCAGGGAAUAUAUCUGAAUGAAUGCAAUGCAGCUAUGAAAGAAUAGGGUAAACAAUUAUUGGUGGCUAGCAUUUAUGUUGUUAAACAAGAGGGAUGGAUUGGAGAAAACGAUAAAAUAAUAAUGAAUAGGGUUGUUGAGAUGUAUUGGAUUUAUUCAAAUGAUGGAGAUGAAGUUUUGUGGGCAUGUGACAUGUCAAGAGUCUCUUGAGUGGGUUAUUAAAGUAAAGAUUUACAAAUUUAGAAUUGGAUGGAUUCUUUUUAGUUGUUUGUACUUCCUUCCCAAAGGUAGAAUGCAGUGCAGUUGGAACUAUGAAUGAAUGUGAUGCCAUCUGUGUAGCAUUUGUUGCAGUUGGAACUAUGAAUGAAUGUGAUGCCAUCUGUGUAGCAUUUGUUGCAGUUGGAACUAUGAAUGAAUGUCAUGCCAUCUGUGUAGCAUUUGUUGCAGUUGGAACUAUGAAUGAAUGUCAUGCCAUCUGUGUAGCAUUUGUUGCAGUUGGAACUAUGAAUGAAUGUUAUGACAUGUGUGUGGCAUUUUCUGGAAAUAGAUAGUACUUAUGUUUUUA